UUCACACCGCGUCAGCGUAUUUUCCCGCCCCUCCCUCACUGGCCUCUGAUGUAAACAGGAAGAGUUUGAGACAAAUUAGUGUAGAGAUUUUCAGCUGACUAGCGCACUAGCUAAUGGAGUUUAUUGCCAGAAUUAAACACAAGGGGCCUUAACAACCCGUAAUAUCAGUUAUACAUGUGAGCAAGAUGGACGACAUCAAUUUACACUACAGGAUCCUGAACUGGAGGCGACGGAUUCGAGAAAUAAGGGAAGUACGCGCCGUGCGUUAUCAGGAGCGCUACAAACGCAUGGUGAAGGACGGAGACACUUUGAGUUACCAAGGGAACUCUGAUGAAGUUGGCUGCUAUGUGGCUCCGCGACCUUUAUCAAAGGGAAACUGUUACUUUGAGGUGACCAUAAUGGACACGGGGGUCAGAGGGACCAUCGCCGUGGGUCUGGUUCCUCAGUUCUACAAGCUGGAUCAUCAGCCCGGCUGGCUGCCGCACUCCAUCGCGUACCAUGCUGAUGAUGGGAAACUGUAUAACGGCAACCCUGUCGGCCAGCAGUUCGGCCCCAAAUGUAACCGUGGCGAUCGGAUAGGCUGCGGGAUCUACGCGGACACUUUCAACGCCGGACUCACCACCGUGUUUUUCACCAAGAACGGCAAAGAGGUGGGUUCGGUGGUGGUGCCGGUGGCUCCAGGCGGCCUUUUCCCUGCCAUCGGCAUGCACUCUCUGGGGGAGGAGGUGCGUUUGAACCUGCAGGCUGAGUGGGGCACGGACGAGGAGGACAGCAUCAUGAUGGUGGACAGCCACGAGGACGAAUGGGGACGAAUGUAUGACAUCCGAGUCUGCGGAACGCUGCUGGAGUAUGUAGGAAAGGGAAAGAGCAUCAUGGACGUUGGACUUGCUCAGGCUCGCCAGCCUCUCUGUACACGGAGCCACUACUUCGAGGUAGAGAUUGUGGACCCUGGAGAGAAGUGCUACAUUGCACUGGGCCUCGCUCGAAGAGACUACCCUAAGAACAGACAUCCAGGCUGGAGCCGUGGCUCAGUAGCGUAUCACGCAGAUGAUGGGAAGAUCUUCCACGGCAGCGGGGUCGGAGAUCCGUUCGGCCCACGCUGCUUCGAAGGGGACAUCAUGGGUUGUGGAAUCAUGUUCCCUCGUGACUACGAAGACGAGGUUGAUGAAGGAGAGGACCUAGCCGAGAAUCCCAAAGAAAACCACAUUCAGAACGUACUGUACCAAAACGACGAGGAAGAGGAGGACGAAGGAGACGACGCCGAGCAAGAGCAGGAAGGCAGAAAGGUUAUGGUGUUCUUCACCCGCAACGGGAAGAUCAUCGGGAGGAGGGAGGUGGUGGUGCCGGCCGGGGGAUUCUACCCUACUGUUGGCAUGCUGAGCAGCGGCGAGAAGGUGAAAGUGGACCUCCACCCUCUCAGCGGCUGACAGACGGAGACGGAAACUACAUCCAAUCAACAGUUCUGCUGUUCAACUGUGAGCCUGUAGCAUCAUGAACGGUCGAAAAGGGAAUCAGGGAACGUCAUGUCUACAAACUGAUAUAUUUUUUAUUAUUUAUGGGUGUGUACACUGUGGAAGUAGUUUUGUUUUUUUUCAUAUUCAUCGCAACGGAACCAAAAACAGAGCAUGAUUUUCACUCAGGCUGGAAUAACGAUGCUUAUCUUUAGUAUCUUUAGGUCGUUCUGUCGUUCAGGGGCCGAGAUGCAUUCUGAAUUCUCUUUAUACGGAUCCGUCGACGGUUCAGUGUGCAACCAUUUGGAGCAGCAGUAUUCAGAGUCGAGCUGUGUGGGUGUGGGUGUGGGUGUGUAAGAACUGAAUACGGAAUCUGUGUACACUCAGAUAGGGAGACGGACUUAAGGGCUACUCAGACGGUUACAGUAUUCUGUAUUCAUUAGCAGCUGUUGACACUUUGUACUCGAGAGUUUUUCUUUUGUCAGUAAUUUCAGAUUGGCAAUAAUUUAUCCAUACUUUUGAGGGAUGUAUUAAAAAAAAAUAGGAACCUGAGAGAGUCAAUUGACGCUAAUAUUCAGUGUCUAAAUGUACGACCUCGUAAAAUGACUCCUAAUUACAGAUCGAUUCCCAAAUACUUUAUAUUUAUUGAGCUCUCAAAUCAGGGGUGGACAAUUUAGAAAUCAUAUAUUCAUUAGAUAGGAAGUCAAAUCUCUGGAAGCGCUUAUAGAUAUGGCUAAAAAGUAGCAAGCCAGGUCAGCUAGAUAAGUGGAUUAAUACAGAGGCAAACGAGUGGGAAAUUCUCCGCUUAGAGAAUCGGGUCACAUCGGUAGAAAAAAGAAAAGGAAAAAAAAAAAAGGAAAACUUUUUUUCAUAUCAUACAAAGAAAUAAUAUUCGGGUCUGGUUAUAAUCGAAAUUUGUCCUUAUGAGAAACACUUAAAAGCUGUGUGUAGCUUCUAAACCCAGCUAGUUAAACACAAACUAAUUCACUAACUCAAAAAGAACAAUAUGCGUCCGCACUUAACGUGGGACUCGUCCGAGGGAUCGAUCCUUUGGAAUCGUCGCUUUAUUAGAGCGUUUGCUUAGAAUUGAGAAAAUCCUAGUUCAGUUGUUAAACCUUCAUGUUGUCGGUGAAAUUGUACUUUGCCUCGGUUUUAUCAGACCUUCAUGCAUCUGAUUCAGAAAAGGUCCAAGCUACUGGUUUGUCCACCCCUGGUUAUUCUUUUUAAUAUUAUUUCACUCUAGAUAAACGUACGUCCCGGCCCGUCCUCCGUCUUAGCCAUCUCUAAUGCAUACAGUCAGGAAUCCAAGCCAUUCUUCUUCUUCUUCUUCUUCUCUACCUUCAUGAACAGAAGCGAGAUUAAACGGCUGUCGAUCUGUGAUGCUGAAGAGCGAGGUGGAGAAGGACAGCUCGUGAACGUGACCGUCGUGACAAUCAACAAUACCUUCAGCUUCUAUUAGAUCCUAUACAUCUUAUUUUUUAUAUCACCAUACUGUAUAGUACUAGAACCUACUAACUCCUUGGAAAGAAAAAAAUUCCCCGGAUCCGAUCGCGUCGUGUGAAGCGAAAAAUUCAAACGUUUAAAGAAUCAGAAGAGAAGAAGAGAUCGUUACGUUAUCAAAAAAACUUAUUUUUUUAUAUAGAUUUUUGUUUCACGAGCACAAAGUGGCCGCUUAAGUCAGCGACUCUGAAUACAGCGAAACUGAAAGAAAGGUCUUAUUAGAUCAUCGACGAGCGACAGUCGGUCGAAGCUGAUUUUCUCUAAGAUGCAUAGAUCAUCUGUAGCUAUAUAUAUAUCUAUAUAUCUAUAGAUUUUUAAAAAAGCUUGUAUAUAAUGUACAGUUGUAUAUAUACUAUAUAUCACCGGCUGUACGGAUGCCACAAGAUGUGACAAAGAAUCACUUCAGGAAAACGAAUGAACGAUUGAUGGAGUGAACGGAAGGAGUGAAGAGACCGAGAGGAAGUCACUUCCCUCAGCAUCACCCCCUCACAGUCCUGCACUUUUAUAUCUUCCUUAACAAUCUUAAAGCUGGUGACAUUUGACAUGUUUCUGUCUUUUUUUUUUUUUUCCUGCUCAACUGACCUUUCAGAAAGAAAGUAUGACUUUGUUAUCGCUGCCUCGUGGAAACGAGACCUCGAAAUGUCACGAGGUAAUCGCGUCCUCGGGAGCGACGCAGAGGUCAGACGCGUAGUCUGCCGUGACGUCCGCUUUUCCGAGGCGCUAAAUGCAACCCGGGGUGAAGGAAAUGUAGAAAUAAACGAGGUUCGUUUCUUUAUACCGUGUGUUCGUGUGUACUGUACGUAUGCGAACGACUCUGAGGUGGAACUCUUUCUGACUCGCGCCCGUUCGAGGGAAACCGGUCCGAGGCACGUCUCAGUUUCAUGCAUUUCUGUACUGGGAUGCGAUAUUCCUGAUCGUGUGAUAAACAGAGGGAUAAAAUAAAUCCAGUCCAGGUUUUACCACUUCAUGAAUCUUCUGGCUUUAACCCUCGUGUGGUGUUCGGGUUGGUGGGACACAUUCAUAAACAUUAAUAGUUUGGAAAAACUUUGCUCCCUUGUAAAUUUGUUGAUUUUUAUUUUAUUUUUUUUCCACUCGUAACUUGAUUAAAUUUGAUUUUUUUUUUUUUCUUACAUUUUAUUAAAAAACAAACAAAAAAAACAAGUAGCACUUUAAUUAGCAAAUAUUGUAUACCAUAUAUGCUGUUUCUAUUGCUUGGGAUUGGGAUGAAGUAUUUUAUUGAAGUAUUGUAGAGUAUUUUAACGUAAGAUUUUUGAUUAAAAAAAACAAAAAUCCAGACCCACUGGCUGAGUAACAAAAAUUCGAACACUAUACGAGGGUUAAGCGUAACCACAAAAAUAAUAUGCAAGUUGUAAGCACUGGAUCAAGUGCUAUUUUAUAAUCUGCUGGAUAACGAAGCCGGAUGACGUUUUGAUCGUUACAGUACACACAGCAUACAGUUUUCGGUGUUCAGGAGAUCUCGGAUCAUCAGAUCAGGAAACCCACUUAAAGUCCACUUAAAUCCUGAAGUCUUAAUUAACACGGCAUGAACUCUGAAUAUGCAGUUUCAAGUAAAAGUCAUAACUUAAGUCUCAGGUUGUAUUUGUCACUCGGUUGUAUUGAAACCAGUUUUUUCUUUCUUUCUUCCUUCUGGAUGCCAUCGCUUUCAUACUAAAAGAGAAAAUAAAUCCAAAAUGAAGAUCGAUGAA